UAAACUAUACACUUUCCAAACCUGAAGGACCUUUUAAAUUCACUAACUUGCCACUCUCUAGUCUCUAUAAUAAUAUCUUUCAAAGCCCUUAAAAUAUCCAAAAAACACUUAAGGAGAAAACAGAGCGACUAGGGUUUCUCUCUACAAAGUUCUACAGAUAUAAUUAGUCAAAGAAACAAUGUCUCGGGUUUAUGUCGGUAACUUGGACCCAAGAGUCUCUGAACGUGAACUUGAAGAUGAGUUUCGACGAUUCGGUGUUAUAAGAAGUGUGUGGGUUGCAAGGAGGCCGCCAGGUUAUGCUUUUAUUGAUUUCGAUGAUAAAAGGGAUGCUCAGGAUGCUAUUCAUGAGUUGGAUGGAAAAAAUGGCUGGAGAGUUGAGCUUUCUCACAACUCCAGAGGUGGAGGUGGGGGUGGGGGUGGUGGUGGCGGUGGCCGUGGAGGGGGUCGUGGUCGUUCUGGUGGUUCUGACUUGAAGUGUUAUGAGUGUGGUGAGGCUGGUCAUUUCGCUCGUGAGUGCCGCUUGCGUGUUGGUUCAGGAGGUGGAGGUGGAGGUGGAGGUGCAGGAAGACGUCGUAGCCGCAGCCCUAGAUAUCGCAGGAGCCCAAGCUAUGGUCGAAGGAGCAGGAGCCACAGCCCUCAAGGACGAUCCCCCAAGCGCCGCAGUCUAUCACCUCGUGGGCGCAGCUAUAGCAGGUCACCACAGUACCGUGGACGUGAAGAGCUCCCAUAUACCAAUGGAAAUGGCACCAGGGAUCGUCGCCGAAGCAGGAGUUAAGAGUUGCAGCCUAGGCGACUUGGCUUUGCUUGGAAAAUACUGCAAUUAGAGUGUGUUUAUUAUGUUUGGACUUCAGUACCACUAUGUUUUAAACGGGCAGCGCCCUCAGCCUCAUGGAUUUGGUUAAGUUUCUUCAUACUUAUUACUAUGUUUGUUAUUUUUCUUUAAGCUAUGCAGGAUAGUUGUAGGCUUUUCUAGCAGAAGGCUCUGUAGGUUAUUAUGAAUUUAUUGAGACAGGUUGCUUCUGAGAGUGGUGCUAAAACUUUAUGCUUUUCUUUUU